CUCAAACACACACUAACAUCAGCACAGACAGACGGACUAUAAAACAUCACACCUGGAAUGGCAAUAAAAGAGGAGCUGAGGAGCCGUCAGUUCUGGCAGGGGAUUCUGGCAGAAACUCUUGGCUCUCUGGUCUUUGUAUCUGCUGUGUUGGGCUCUUUAGUGCCGGGGCCGGACGGGGCCUCCCCGGGGCCCAUUUACCCCGCACUGGGUGCUGGUAUGGCAACUGUGGUUCUGGGAUAUUGCUUUGGUGAAAUCAGUGGGGCUCAGGUGAAUCCUGCGGUGACUGUGGCCCUGUUGGCCAUGCGUAAGGUGGAUGUGUUGAGGGCUGUGGUUUAUCUGCUCGCUCAGUGUUUGGGUGGGAUCCUCGCAGCUGGCCUCAUGUACCUCUCUCUGCCCCUGAAGUCCACAGCACAGAACUUCAUCAACAAGGUCCCAGUGGAUAUGAACGCAGGUCAAGCUCUUGGGAUGGAGAUGCUUGCCACGUUUCUCCUGGGGUUCACUGUAUUUUCUGUGGAAGAUCAACGCAGGAGAGAAAUAAAUGAACCAGGGAAUUUGGCCAUUGGAUUUGCUGUGACCACUGCCAUCUUUAUCGCUGGGAGGUUUUCUGGUGCCAGCCUGAACCCAGCUCGCUCUCUUGGUCCCGCUAUAAUCCUUGGAUAUUGGGAACAUCACUGGGUCUACUGGAUUGGUCCAAUAUUAGGUGCAGUCCUGGCUGGAGUGUCUCAUGAGUUCAUCUUUGCCCCCAGUGCGUCCAGACAGAAGCUGGUGGCAUGUUUGACCUGCAAGGACAUUGAGAUUGUGGAGACGGCCAGCGUGUCUCGAUCGUCCCUGUCCACUGUCACACAGAGCGCCAUGAGAAACAAACAAAGCAACAAACUGGAGCACAGCUAAGCUCACAUUCAGCAGAUUAAGAAUGCAGGUUUUUACAUUUAGUCACAAACAACCAAUCAAUGGCUCUUAUUCAUGAAACAGAACGAAUCUGUGUAGAUUCUUCAUAACCAUUCUUACAUGAAUUGCACCAUGCAAGUAGAGAUAGAAGAAUUUUUUUUUUUUAAGAUGAACAGACUGUUGAAUAUUUAGACAGAAUAUU